AUGUCAAUACUGGAGCUUGUAUUUUUUUAUGGUUAUGAUUUAUCAUCGUUAACAAUUCAACAACAACAAAGGGUCUUGAUCGAAUAUGAAAAACUAUUAAAAUCAUCAAUUUACAUUAAUAAGAAAUCAUCGUCAUUACAAGGAGGAAGUGGAGGAGAAGAACAAUUUCCAAGUUGUUAUGUCUCUCCACAUACACCAAUUGAUUCACCACCGCCAUCACAACAACAACAAGAUUAUCACAAUAAUUUAUUACAAGAAUAUAAUUCCUCUGAAAGAAAUAUUCAAUCUCCUUCAUCACCACCCUUAUUACUAAUUCCACAACAACCAACAUCAAAUAAUAAUAAUUAUAUAAUUACACCAGUCAACUCGCCAUCUCCAUCGACAAGAGAACAUCUUGAAUUAUCUCAACAUCAAGAAGAAUUGUCAAGCAACAAAGAAACAACAGAAGUUAUGAUGAGAUGUACAGCAAUGAUUGAUGAGACACCGAGGGAUGCACGCCAUUCAUAUGAAUAA